CGCCGCCCUCUGCUCCUCUUCGCCGGGAUGAUGGACCAGCAGCCGGCCGAGCGGGACUGUGACGGGCGGCGCCAUGGAGCCGUGAUCCGCAGGGCGGAGAGCAGGUAAAUGGAGGCGCAGGACCGGAGCCGCUCCCCGUCCCGCAGGACCAGCCGGGUGGAGCAGGUGGUGGGACGAUGGCUGAGACGCUCUCGAGAUUUAGGCAGCAGGUCUCACUCCCUGAGCAGAGACCGGGUCGCUGCCGACGGCAAGGCCGCCGAGUCCAGCGGCUCCGACCAGAGGAACUACCCCUUCCGCUUCAACGUGCAGAUCCAGCGGGACCCAGGUGUCCAAUCCCACGGCCUCACGCUCUCCUCCCAGACCCCCAUCGUGGUGCAGGAGGUCACCCCAGGUGGUCCUGCAGAUGGCCGGCUCGUCCCCGGAGACCGGCUCGUAAAGAUCAAUAACGUCGCUGUCGAUGACCUGACCCCGGAGCAAGCCAGUGAAAUAAUCAGGGAGUGUCAGGACACGCUGACCAUGACGAUCCUCAGGAUAAUGGUGGGCCCGAAGUCGUCCUUCAUCACACCAGAGAAGAGGGCCAAGCUGCGCUCCAACCCAGUCAAGGUCCACUUCGCCGAGGAGGUGGAGGUCAACGGUCACUCUCAGGGGAACUCGCUGCUCUUCUUACCCAACGUGCUCAAGGUUUAUCUGGAGAACGGACAGACCAAGGCCUUCAAGUUCGAGCCCAGCACCACUGUCAAGGACAUCGUCAUGACGCUGAAGGAGAAACUGUCUCUGAGCCGGAUCGAACAUUUCUCUCUGGUUCUGGAGCAGCAACACAGCAUCAGCAAACUGCUGCUGCUGCAUGAGGAGGAGAGGAUACAGCAGGUGGUCCAGAAGAAGGAAGCCCACGACUACCGGUGUCUGUUCCGAGUGUGUUUCAUGCCCAGGAGCCUGGAGAUGCUGCUGCAGGACGAUCCCACCGCCUUCGAGUACCUCUACCUUCAGGGAGUGAACGACGUGCUGCAGGAGCGCUUCGCUGUGGAGAUGAGGUGCAACACCGCUUUACGACUGGCUGCUCUGCACAUUCAGGAGAGGCUGGCGAGCUGCGGACAAUCACCCAAAACUAACCUGAAGAUGAUCACGAAGACCUGGGGCAUCGAGAACUUCGUGUCGUCCACUCUGCUGAGGAACAUGCGUGAGAAGGAUCUGAGGAAGGCCAUUGGCUACCACAUGAAGAAGAGCCAGUCGCAGCAUGACCCCAAGCAGAAGGGCGUGUCGGUGGAUCACGCCAGGCUCAACUACUUGGACGAGCUCAGCGACCUCAAGUCCUUCGGCGGGAAAUCCUUCGGCGCCACCAUGAUGCUCCAGGACCGGGAGUCCAUGGUGACCCUGCUGGUGGGGGCGCGCUACGGGGUGAGCCAGGUGGUCAACCACAAGCUGAGCAUCCUGUCCACGCUCACGGAGUUCAGCAGCAUCACGCGCAUCGAGCUGCUGCCCGAGUCCGAUAAGGUCAGCCUGGUCAAGAUCUACCUGCAGGACAUCAAGCCCAUUACAUUACUGUUGGAGUCAGCUGCUGCCAAAGACAUGUCCUGCCUCAUAGCCGGGUACUGCCGGGUGUUCGUCGACCCCGCGCUCAACAUCUUUCCCUGGACUGACGACUCCAGGAAGCACAGGGUGUCUGCAGAGGAAGGCUAUGUGUCGCGCUGCGGCAGCGACUCGGACUCCUCAGACCCGGGCACGGAGCCGCCGUCGGGCCCGAUGUCCCGAGACGACAGGCCGUGUCCACGUGUCCGGUCGUCCUCAGACCCAGACGGAAGGAAGAGAAAAGACAGGCAGAGGAGGAGAGACGGCAAAGAGAUGAGCGGAAGACCGUGGGAUGAGAAAAAAGUCCAAGAAGAGAAAGACGGAAGCAGCGAAAAGGAGAAAACUGCAGCAGAGGAGGAGAGGAAAAAUGAAGACCAGGGACGGAUAGAAGAGGUCCAGGACGGGGGACAGAGGGAGACAACACAGAGUGCAUCAGGGGGACAGAGUGGAGGAAAUGUUGGAGGACAUGUUGGGGGACAGACUGGAGGACAGGCUGGAGGAGGAUCAGAUGUUGGAGUCGUGGAGGAGAAUCCGUCUGCCUCAGAAGCCUCGGACUCGUGUCACACGGACUCCCGUGUCCUCACCAGCCCGUCCAGCGACUCUCUGGAUGCUUUGGAGGAAGACGACCUGCUGACCUGCUCCUCCUCGUCUGUCCUCCUGAACGUCCACUCGUCCCUCCAGCUGCACCCCUUCUCAGAGCGCCACGCUCAGCCUCACCUCCUCACCCCGCCGCCGGCUCACUCCCACCCGCUGCUGCACCUGACGGGGGGAGGAGGAGGAGGAGGAGGAGGAGGAGGAGGAGGAGGAGGAGGUUCCUGCAGGAAGUCAGGGGAUGGAGGAGAUCCUCACCUCCUCUCGCCAGACUCCUCCCACCAGAGCCGUGCGAGUGGUCUCUGUUCUGACGACAGCUCGCUGUGCUUCGCCGAGCUGUCCCGCCUGGUGGACUUCCUGCCGAGUCCCCCGGAGGCCAGCGAGGAGGAGGACGAAGAGGACGAGCUGAGGAGGAGGAGGAGGAGGAACAUGCUGCAGGAGGUGGAGCAGGCAGCAAGGAGAGCGGGAAGCCUGAGCGUGGAGGCGGGGUCGAAGGAGUCCCCGUCCCCGUCCUCCCCCUGCUCCCAUCUAGAAUUUGUCUUCAACUUCGACCAGAGCGACGCUCGGUGCUACUACAACAUCUGCUCCAACAUCACGCCCGACAGCGCCCGCAGCCUGUCCCACCCCCCGCAGGGCACCGACGGGGGGGCCGAGGAGGGGGCCGGGGAGGGGGGCGGGGAGGGGGCCGGGGAGGGGGCCGGGGAGGGGGCCGGGGACCAGGCCGUCCCCAUCCUGCAGCCGCCGCCCGGCUUUGGGGACAGCAGCUCUGACGAGGAGUUCUUUGACGCCAGGGACGGAUUCGGCUCGCCGGAGGACCCGACGUCGGGCGCCGUGCCUCGAGACGUUUGCACCGAGAUGAAGCUGAACUUCCUCAGCACUCUGAGCCUCAGCGACAUCCAGCUCUCUGCUCCAGACACAAACAAAGACGGAAAAGCACAAGAAGAGGAAGACGAGACCUUGCUGCAGCUGAGGAAAAGAUCCCGUAAGCGCCGGUCUUACAUGGAGACUGAUUACACCUCCAGAGUGUCGUAUCCCGACCCGGACCCGAAGACCCAGCAUGGCUCCGUGUCGACCCGGCCUCUCCUGGCUGAGGCCGGCGACGGCCAGAUGUUCAGUUCUGAUCCGGAACCUUCGAAGCAGACACAGAAUCCCAGUCCCACCGUGUCCUCGCUCACCCACUCUGAAGGAGAACCGACUCAGCUGGAGUCCAAACCCAUCCUGGCCAAACUGUCCUCGUACAGACCCGACCCGCUGUCUCGUCCACGGUCCCUCGAGCCCAAAGACCCCCAGGUCUCCCCCAGAACCAAGAAGCAGGACAUGGAGAUGGAGCCUGACGCCAUGGAGUCCAAAUCAGUGACCGACCUGCUGAAAGCAGCGUCUCCUGCCAUCACGGUGGUUCGCUGCCGCGUGGAUCCAGACGGGAAGGAGAGCGCCGAUCGGAGGGCUGAUGGGAAGGAGGAAGGGGUGACAGAGGGGGAGAUGGAGGAGGGAGACAGGGACGAACCCGAUAGUUUGGCGAGUCCAAGCUUAGCGAAGGUGAACACAUCUGCAGUCCAGGAUCUCUGCAAAGAGCCUCCUUCUCCAACGCAUUUCCUCUUCCAGACCUGCUCCCCGACCAUCAUGGGCCGAUUGUCUGCUUCAACCCUCAGAGGGAAGAUCCAGAAGUUGCCUCUUUAUCUGUCCAGAUCCCAGGAAACUGUCAACCAAGCUGGUGGUGAGAACGUGGAACAGUCUCCGUCCGAGGACAGCAGCCAGGAGAACUCAAAGAUCACCAUCCAGGUCACCGACGUUCACGAUGUGACGCAGACCGUGGACCUGGAGAAGGGCGCCGCCGCCGAGUCUGUGGAGUCGGACGAUUCAGACGCCACGGUCACGGGCUCCGAGGUGGACGGGGACUAUUUUGUGGACGUCAACUCAGCUAAGUGUUUUCAUUCAGCAUCAGAAGUGGCAGGAGCUAGUCCUCAGGUUCCUGUCCAGACUGAACCCAAAGCCCAGUGUCACCAACCUAAUUUGUACUCUGGACUUCUCAAGAGCGCUCCAGGACCGAUAACUGCUCCUCCCACCUCCAUCAUGAGCCACUUUCAGACAGAACCAUCGGGGCUAAAGACAGACACUCCUGGCCCCGUUAAGGAAGCUCCAGAACCAAACGUUGUAGUGGGAGACGCUCUGGGGAACAGAACAAGCAGUCGAUGUCCGUCUGUCCCUGCUCCCAUCGUGGUGACCACACAGAACCUGAACGGUCCAGGACUUCCUUUCCACAGUCAGCCCCAGAAAGCCAGAAGAACCAGCAGUGACAGGCCCUUGAUGGGUCUCUGCAGGCCUCCAGAGCAGAACUCAAACUCACCAAAAGCCCUUUCCUCGGGCUGCAGAGUGUUUACCAUCUGUGAGGAUCUGUCCCAGAACCAGCUCCCCGGCGAGGUGGUCUCCGUCGCCCCUUUCAAGGCUGAAAUCAGCUGCGGCUCUGUGCUGGCGUCCGGAUGCGAGUCAGUGGUGGAGGGGAUCCAGGCGCCGCUGGACGCCUGUGGCUGCCCACCGGUUUACGCCAACUGCUUCAGUUCGGGGGACGGAUUCGACGACGAGCUGACGGUGUACGAGUUCUCCUGCCGCACGCAGAGCAGCGGCGUGACCCAGCCCUCCGGCGCAGGUCUUCCUCUCAUGAGCUCGGCUCCGGUUCCCUCCUUCCUCUCCACCUCCUCCUCCACCCACUCUCCGUCCUUCCCUCGCUCCAUCCUCUUCUCCAGCUCUACCUCUGAACUGUCCCCCCUCCUCUCCCCGCUGUCCGACUCCUCCGACUCGCACAGAGACACCAUCGGUCGGCUCGGUCAGCAGCGUUACCCAGAACCCCCCGCAGGCUUUCAGAUGUUGCGUGUGGACGUAGACCAGCUCCUCUCCAUUCUGGAAAGCAGCAGUGUGGACCGGUCGGUGGCAGGUUACGGAGGACGCCAUCCCAGAGACACGUGCCCCGCCCACUUCACAGAGAACAAGAGAGUCCUGCAGCUGGAGGCACGGCGGCUGAUGUCGGGCUGCCAGAAGGUGGUGGGCGUCGGGCAGAGCCCGCAGGAGAUGCUGCGCUCGCUGGCCGACAGCUUCCGGACCCUGGUGGAGCUGGCCGGCGUCUGUCUCUGGUUCUCCGGGUGCGAUAGGUGCGACCGCAGGAACGCGGAGGCCGUGGCGGGCCUGGCCGACGUGGCCCGCUCAUUUAGGGACUUCUGCCUGGCGGCGGAGCGGGCGAGCAGCAAACGCAGCUGCCAGGACCUUAGCACCAAGCUGCUGGCCAAGCAGUGCACGGCGCUCACCGCGUCCGUCUUCUGCCUCACCCAGCUGUUCCGCACCCUCACUGCACUAUGA